UGCUACUUUCAUAGCCGAAUCUUUUCGCGAGGACCGUCCGUUUCCAAUUCCAGACAUGGACGACUCGGAGCACCGUCUCUUCCGCUUCUCCAAACCAGGAUGGCUGAAUAGCGCCAACGCUCGCACUGCAGGUGUUUAUUCCUCCGGUGCUCUGUGCUCCCUCGGAUUUUUCUUCUUCAUCGAUGCGGCGGCUUUUUCCCAUAGCUCCAGAAACGGCUCUGUCGUUCACAUCAAAUUCGUCGACUGGAUCCCCGGUAUCUGUUCUUCGCUCGGGAUGCUUGUGAUCAACUCGAUCGAGAAAUCCCGGUUAACCGCAGAUAGCCUUAGCUACUUUGGUAGUGGGGUAGCUUGGAAAGUGCGAUUUGUAUUAUUUUUAGGAUUCGCGUUGCUGGCUGGUGGUCUAGCAGGGAGCGUGACUGUUAUGGUUCUUAAGUAUAUCAUUAAAGGAUACCCGUUGCAGACGCUUUACUUUGGAAUUGCCAAUGUGAUUGCGAAUGGCUUGAUUAUGGUCAGCUCUGCGGUCCUCUGGAUUUCGCAAAACAUGGAAGAUGACUAUACAUACAGUCUUGCGCUCUGAGUUUAGGACUGAUAUGCCUUUACCGCCCUCGCCAUGCUAAUAUCCACUAUCUUUGCUUUGUCCUUUUGUGUACAUCCGCUCUCUCUUGCAUUCGUUAAAGAUGACCUUUUAUGUCCGGCUGUCACUCUAAGUGUAUUUUUGCGGAGCAUUCGGAGUUUGCAGGCGUUCCGUUCAGAGCUUUGUAUACUCUAGUUUCGGAUUUUAAACACCAUUGAAAACAUAUAUACUCAUGGAUUACUGAU